AUGAAGGUUGUCGCUGCUUUCCUCCUCGCCGUUCUCGGCGGAAACGCUAAUCCUUCUGCUGAUAAUAUCAAAGAUAUCAUCGGAGCGGUUGGUGCUGAUGUUGAAGGAGACAGCAUUGAGCUACUUCUGAAAGAAGUGAGUGGUAAAGACAUCACCGAGCUGAUUGCAGCAGGUAGGGAGAAGUUGGCCUCUGUGCCAUCAGGUGGUGGUGUGGCUGUUGCAGCUUCUCCAUCAAGCGGUGGUGCCGCCUCUGCUCCUGCUGCUGAAGAGAAGAAAGAAGCCAAGAAGGAAGAGAAAGAAGAGUCCGAUGAUGACAUGGGAUUCAGUCUCUUCGAGUAG